GUUAAAGAUUAAGUCAAAGUGAUAAGAGAAAGAAAAAGAUUCAAUUUGACCAAAUGAAUCAUGGAUAUCAGGUUUAAUGAAAAGCGAGCUCUUGUCACUGGUGCGGGAAAAGGUAUCGGUAGAGGAAUAGCACUAAAACUCGUAGAGUGUGGGGCUGAUGUAGUAGCUGUGAGCAGAACACAAUCAGAUUUAGAUGAGUUGGUUCAGCUAAGUUCAAAAAUUCAAACGUUGCUUUUAGAUGUCAGUGAAUGGGAUAAAGUGAAAAAUAAAUUACAAAAUAUUGGACCAAUUCAUUUGCUGGUUAACAAUGCAGCCAUUAAUGGGGACUAUAAAGAAUUGGAGGAUUUUGAUGAAGAAGGAAUAAAUAGAAUGUUUGAUACUAAUGUCAAGUCAAUAAUAGCGAUUUCACAGAUAGUAGCAAAAGGCAUGAAAGACAGAGGUGAAGGUGGUGCUAUCGUAAACGUAUCAAGUAUUAUGGGACUAGGAGCUUGUCCGACACGUGGUAUCUAUUCUGCUACAAAAGGUGCUGUGGAUCAAUUAACCAGAAGCAUGGCUGUAGAAUAUGGUCCGUACAAUAUAAGGGUUAACUCUGUAAAUCCAACUAUUAUUCGGACAAGAAUGGCUGCCUGGGCUUUCGAACCAGGAAAUGAGAGAGGAUCUCGAUAUUUAGCAAGAACUCCCCUUGGAAGAUUUGGUGAAGUCAAUGAUGUUGUGCAUCCAAUUCUAUUUCUCUUAAGCGACAAAGCUGCUAUGGUUACAGGAAUAGUAAUGCCGAUUGAUGGUGGUUUUACAGUUUAUUACUGAAAAAUAUGCAAAUGCUUUGUAGUAUGUUAUAAUGUCAUAUUUAAAUACUGAUAAAUAUCUUUAAUAAAUUAUAAAAUGGUG